AUGGCGAGUUUUGAAAUGUCCGACAUCGAUUUAGAAUGCGGUGGUCACCGCCGUAGCUCCAACGAGGGCGACGAUGGUAGCCUCUGCUUCUCCGACGCAGACGAGGGUUCUUGUUAUUCUCAGUUUUACUCCACUGCUGAUGGCUCUUACGAUGACUAUAGUUUUGCUUGCGCCUCUGAACCUGAGAUUUGUGAAGUUUCGGGUUCUCGGAGAGUUUCAUCGGUCCAUUUGGGGAAAGAAGAGAGAGAUUGUAGAAUCUGUCAUCUGAGUUUGGUGAGUACUAGUCCUGAGGCUGGGAUAGCCAUUGAACUGGGUUGUUCUUGUAAGAAUGACUUGGCUGCUGCUCAUAGGCAUUGCGCUGAGGCUUGGUUCAAGAUUAAGGGAAAUAAGACUUGCGAAAUUUGUAAUUCAAUUGCAAGCAAUGUCGUCAGCAUAAAUGAUAUUGAACCACAACAGCAGGUGAAUGAAACCACUGCUGUGGCAACAAACGCAGCCUCCGCACCAGUAUCGACUCCCACAGAGACCCGAAGCUGCUUUAAUGGUCACCGCUUCCUAAAUUUCCUCCUUGCUUGCAUGGUAUUUGCUUUUGUUAUAUCUUGGCUCUUUCACUUCAACAUCCCAGCAUGA